AUGGACGAAAUGGAGGAUUUAUCGGCAUACGUGCAACAACUGGAGCUUUUCCGCCGCAAUGAUUACACUCGUGAUCAGAUGAUCCAGGAUCUACUUGCUCGCCACGGCCAGCUUCAGCAAGCUUACCGGGAAAAGUGCGAUGACUACAAUAAUGAGCGCGAAUCGCGCCGGAUGUGGCAGACCAAGGCCAAUAAUCUGGGAAAGGACGUAGUGGCUCUUAACAAGGCAAAUGAAUCUAAUCCAUUCGUCUUUGUUAUAAUUGAUGGUGACGGCGCCAUCUUUCAGGAAUCUUUAUUGAAGAGGGGCGCAGAAGGAGGUGCCGAAGCCGGGUAUCUUUUGUCGACAGAGAUAAAGAAUUACGUUACCGAGGCCUACCCUGAGGCUGCCAGCGAAGACUGGAACAUAAUCGUACAGGUGGUACUUAACAUGGAUGGCCUUGCAAAGAAGCUGCACGCAUCCGGUAUCAUUCCCUUCACCACCUCAGAACGAACUCUCAUCGAUUUCGGACGCGGCUUUGGCCGCGCUCAGCCUCUAUUCAGCUUCAUCGACGUCGGCUCAGGCAAGGAGUCGGCCGACCACAAGAUCCGCGAGAUGCUCCGCGUCAUGGUCCGUAUCGGCCAGUGCAAGCAUAUCUUCUUCGGCCCCUGCCACGAUAACGGAUACCUCCCGGUCCUGGAGCCGUAUAAGCUAGACGAUAAGGUGGCUUCAAAGUUCACUCUCAUUGAGACGACCCCCGCCGAGGAGGGCUUUAAACAGCUCAAGUUCCACAGAAUUAUCUUUAACUCUGUCUUUAUGUCGGAAAAGCUUCCCGAAAGAGUCCAGCGACAGACUAUGGGCAUGCCGAGUAUGCUUCCUCCUCCCGUCUCCUCCGCACCGACCGCCACCAUCUCCGCCGCCGCUAAACCGCCCACCGGCCCGUACCACACCAACUCCAACUCCGCAAACAACGGUGCCCCCGUCGAGCCGCCUCACGUUACCAGUCCGCUGUCCAGCGGCUCCCAGACGCCCGCGUCUAGUUGGUCUACGCUGACGCGGGUCUCGACGGCGCCCAAGCCCAUUGACAUCUUUUCUACAAAAAAGGCGCCGCAGCCGAAAUACUACCUCAUGAACGCCGACAGCCAGCGCAUCGACGAGCCGCUGCCAAAGGUCGACCCUAUGGUAGAGAAGAGGUUCAACGCGCGCAUGACGGAGACGGGCAAGAAGUUCUGCAACAAUUACCACCUACACGGCGAGUGUAAGAAUCCAGUCUGUUCCUACAUCCACGGCGAUAAGCUUAGCGCCAGCGAAAUGGUACUAUUGAAGCAAAAGUCUCGCGGUAUCCCCUGUAGCUUGGGUUCCGAAUGCGACGACGUAAACUGCACACUCGGCCAUCACUGCAGAUGGCUCACGGACUGCAACCACAGCUACUGCCGCUUUCAGGGCUACCACGACAUCAGCCCCAAACCGAGAGUCAAGUGCUUCGAGGAUGGCAGUAUGAAGAUUAUCGAUAAGCUCUAA